AUGGAAACCGAUGAGAAAGACAGUGAAAUGAAAGAGAAGGCAAAGAAAGAAGGGGAAGCAGUGGAAGACGAAGAGAAAGAAGAGAGAAGAACGGAGGAAGAAGCAAAGAUGGCGGUUGAGAAAGAAAAGAAGGGGGCAGAAGAAGGAGAAACGUCUGAGUUACCGAAGGGUAAAGGAAGAAAGACCACCGCAGAGGCGUGGAAACUGCACCGAGCAAACAGUACCGGGGAUCUGAGUGACAUAAGAGACUGGAUGAAAUGUGACGGAAAGAGGAGAGGCGGAGGGUUAGCGGAUGCAAGAGAGAACAAAGUAAGGGUCAUUUCUAAAGUAAGUGAAAGGAAGAAAGAAGGACUAGAAAUAAUGAUUACCCAGGGUUUUAGUAAAAUCAUAGAAAGACUGGACGAGAAAAAGGAGGAUAGAAGAAAGCAAUUUAAAGAGCUCAAGACAGAGCUUAGUAAGAUAGAAAGAAAGAAUGCCGAGCUAGAGAAGAAGAUAGAGAGAAUAGAGGCGGAGAACACGGCAGAAAGGACGGCCAGUAAUGUCAAAUGGAAGGAGAUGGAAGGGAAAAUCGAGGAAAGUGAAAAAAAGAUGGACAAAGAAAUGGCGAACAUAAAAGAGGAAAUGCGAGAGAUAAAAGAGAAGAUGAUAGCCGAAGUGGGAGAAGAAAAUGGUGUUCGGGCCUCUACCUCUACCUAUGUUCCAAGGACGGAGGAGGGAACAAGGAUUGCAGAAAUUGAAGCAUGGAAAGAAAGCAAGGAGAAGAUGGAGAGGAGGAAUAACCUGGUUAUUUUUGGAUGGAAUAAUAAAGGAAAGGCAGAGAGGAAAGAGGUAGCGGAAUUCUUCCGAGAUGAGCUGGGGAUGGAGAGCAUUGAAGAAAGUAUAGAGGAGGUUAGGCAGCCAGGCCCAGAUAAGAAAAUGCUGUGGGUUAAAAUGAGAAGGCCAGAGGAUAAGAAGAAGAUCAUGGAAAGAAAAGCAAAGCUGAAAGGCAAGAAAAUUUUCAUUGAAAAUGACAGAACGAAGAAAGAGAGGGAAGAGCAGAAAGGACUGAAAAGAAGAGCCUGGGUAGCGAAAAACGUGGAUGAGUGGUUAGCUGAAGAAGAAGAAGAAAGUGAGUUGAUAAUAGGUGGGGACUGGAACGUGAGGAUAGGAAGGGAAGCUAGCGUGGAAGAAAUUAACAAUAGGGAGAAAAGGUGGUCGGAAGAUACAGUAGUGAACAGAGAGAGAAUGGGUUGGAUUGUAUUAAAUGGGAACAAAGGUGUGAAAGAAGAAGGGAGAUGGACAUUUGCAAGAGGAGAUUGUAGGACAGUCGUGGAUUAUGGGGUGACGAAUGCGAAAACAUGGAAUGAAAUAAAAAGUAUAGAGAUAGGAUAUAGGCUAGACUCAGACCACCAACCGGUUUUGGUAGAACUGGAAGGAACAAGAGAAAGUAUCAACAAGAGAAAACAGAAAAGAAGAGAAGAAACUAAAUGGGUACAGAGCUGGAAAGAGGAAGACGUAUAUAAGUUUGAGAAGGGGGAAGAAGAAACAGUAUGGAAGGAAACAGAAGGAGAAGAUAAAUGGAAAGAGUUGAAAAGAAGAGUUGAUGAAUGCUGUGUGAAAAGAAAGGUGAGAGUAGGGGAAAAAGGCAAAGAAGGCUGGUAUGACGAACAAUGUAGAAAGCUUAAAAAGAAGCUGCAGAAAGGUGGACGAAAGAAAAGAUACGCCGUCACUAUGCGCAAAUUGAGAACGAAAUACAGAGACCUCAAGAAAAGAAAAAGGAUUAGAUGGGAGGAGAAAAUGGAGAAAGAGUUGAAGGAGAUCAAGACUGAAAGUGAUGCAUGGGAAUUUAUUAGAAAAGAUAUGAGAAUACGAAGCGAAAUAACAAAUGCAUUCAGGAUAGAGGCGCCACCAGGAUUUUAUAACACGGUUCCUGGAACCGGAACCAGAGCUGAGCUUAAUAUCUACAGGGAGAGAGAGAGUGGAGGAAGGUGA